AUGCUCUUCGACGCUUCAUCGCAAGACGUGGACAAGUAUUGGAAUUACGCUCAGAUAAUGGAACCAACUUCGUCGGAGCUGAGCGUGGUGAUCCGGCGGCGGCCAUUGUUCUACACGGUGAACCUGCUGCUGCCCAGUAUGUUCCUGAUGGUCAUGGACAUCGUGGGUUUCUACCUGCCUCCAGACAGCGGGGAGAGGGUUUCCUUUAAGAUCACUCUGCUGCUGGGGUACUCUGUGUUCCUCAUCAUCGUGUCUGACACCCUACCUGCCACCGCCAUAGGAACCCCGCUCAUAGGUGUGUACUUUGUGGUGUGCAUGGCCCUGCUGGUGAUCAGCCUGACAGAGACCGUAUUGAUCGUGCGUCUGGUCCACAAACAAGACCUGCAGCCCCCCGUCCCGCCCUGGCUGAAGUACCUGAUCUUGGAGCUGGCCCCCGUGCUGUUCUGCAUCCACAGGAAGCCCCGCCUCUGCUCCAAUCUGACCUCACAGCCCCCCGACCUGGAGCUCUACAAGGAGAGCAGCUACGGGACCGCUCAGUGUCCUCUGCACCACACCUGUGAGCUGGGCCGCAGGCGCAGCCACCUGGACAGAGAGGGGGGGGGGUCUCUGGAGGGGGUGCUGCUGGGCCUCGGCCGCCCCCUCCCCAGAGACCCCACCCCGCCCGUCAUGGACAACAUCCUGCAGGAGGUGACGGCCAUACGCCACUUCCUGGAGAAGAGGGACCGGUGCAGGGAGGUGGCCAAAGAGUGGCUGCAGGUGGGCUACGUGCUGGACGUGCUGCUCUUCAGGGUCUACCUGGUGGCCGUGGUGGCCUACAGCAUCACUCUGGGAACCCUGUGGUCCGUGUGGCAGGUGGCCUGA